AUGGGAAAACAAUCCCAUGAACAUACGACAGGUCAAAGCAGUCAAGAAGAAUAUUCUGGCAGUAGUGCCAGUACAUCUUCUGAAACUGUAACUAAUGCAGAUUUUGAAAUUAAAAAACUUUCGGAAUCUGACAUAAAUAAGGUAGAAAAUACAGAUGAGGACGAAGACAUGAAAGAGCUGGAAGUGCAAGAAGUACCAGGGCCUGACGUUGAAACUGAAAAAUACACUAAGGCCAAUGAUAUCGGUCUUUGGACAGCAUUAAAUACUGAUGACAUCGCAGAUUUAAUUCAAGAAGCUAAUGGAGAAAAAUAUUAUAGAGAAUGGCUAACAUAUUCGCCAACCACUGGUCGAGUUUAUUGUUUCUAUUGCAAGAUCUUUUCAUCGUCAUCUGUAAAGUUAGCUAAUGAUGGUUUUAACGAUUGGAGAAAUCCAGCUGUAAUUCGACAACAUGAAAACUCAGAAGAUCAUAGAUGUGCUUUACUUAUAUAUUUGACGCGACGGCGAGGACUGAGCUUAAAUACACACCUUGAUAAGCAAAUAGAGAUUGAAAGAAAAUAUUGGAGACAAGUAGCUGAACGCUUGAUCGCAGUUAUUUCCACAUUGGCGGAACGUGGAUUAGCGUUCAGAGGCGAUAUUGAACGUUUUGGAGCAUUACAUAAUGGAAACUAUCUUGGUCUACUGGAACUUAUUGCAAAAUUCGAUCCUUUUCUUGCAAACCAUAUAGAACAGUAUGGCAACAAGGGUACUGGAAAAUCUUCAUAUUUGUCUAAAACAAUAUGUAACGAACUCAUUCAUCUGAUGGCUGAAAAAACGAGAACUUCAAUUUUGAAAGACUUAAAAAAAGCUGGAUAUUUCAGCUUAUCUGUCGACUCAACACCAGAUCUUUCACACGUUGAUCAAUUAGCGGUUAUUGUCAGAUAUGUUUCACCCGACGACGGUUUCCCAAUCGAACGCUUUUUAACGUUCUUGCAAUUAAAUGAUCACAGUGGAAAAAAUAUAGCUAAUGUCGUACUUAAUUAUCUUGAGAAUAAUUGCAAAAUUGACUUUAAUAAGUGCAGAGGACAGUCAUAUGAUAACGCUGCCAAUAUGUCAGGAAUGUAUAAUGGCAUGCAGAAAAUCCUUCUGGACAAAAAUAAAUUUGCUGUAUACUUUCCAUGUGGUGGGCAUUCACUAAAUCUUAUUGGUCGUGCCGCAGUUGAUUGCUGCUUACCCGCGGUAAAUUUCUUUGCUAUUAUACAGCAAGUAUAUACAUUUUUCUCUGUUUCUACAAAACGUUGGACUGUUUUAAAAUCGUGUUUGGUCUCUGACUCAACGGUACCAAAACGACUUUGUGAUACGCGAUGGGAGGCACAUGCAAAGACUGUUUCAGCUAUAUCCGAUGGUUAUGAAUCAAUUAUUGAUGCUCUUCAUUGUUUGUAUACAAACGAGUAUGAAAAAGGUGAUACACGACGAGAAGCUGGUAUUCUUCAGGAAAAAAUGGAGGAAUUAGAGUUUGUAUUCAUGUUAGAAUUUUGGAAUCGUAUAUUAGAUGAGUUUCAUAAAACCAGUAAAGCUCUGCAAGAUUCAAAAAUAUCCCUCAGUACCUGUGCAAAGCUCUAUUCAUCGCUAUUACAGUUUUUAAAGAAAAACCGAGACAGUUUCGAUGAAUUUGAAGCUAGAGCUAAAGAACGUUUACCUGAUGUGAAUUACAAAGCUGAAAAUCAACGUCAAAGACGUAGGUACCUAAAUGUACCUAAUGUUGAUGAAGAUCUUUCGGCAAGAGAUAAAUUUCGCAUAAAAGCGUUUAUUGUUAUGAUGGAUACGCUUGAAGCAAACUUACAGAAAAGAGCACUAAUUUACCAAAAUAUUGCAGACAAAUUUUCUUUCUUAGUUGAUUUAGAUGUCCCUGACAGUGAACUUCAGAAUGGCGUGAAGUGUUUAAUGAAAGAUUAUCCUGAAGAUGUAGAUAUCAACCUUAUCGGAAAAGUUAAACAUUUUCAUAUUUACGUGAAGAUGCACCAUGCCGCCAAUAAUCAAAAUUUAAACCACCAGGAUCUAUAUCAAAUAAUCUUUAAAGAUAAACUUAAUUUAGCAUUUCCCAAUGUGGAAGCAACGCUACGGUUGUUUCUAAGUCUUAUGAAAGCGCUGCUAGCGAUGUCAGAGAACGCUAUACGCGGCAGCGGCAUCUUCAACCCGCAUCAGCACGUCGAUUGCGAACUCUUAGCUUUAGUUUUUAAUCCGUAUGAAGGAAACGAUGUAAAAAAAAAAUACGAAUAA